GCCUUGGGGCCGAGGAGGGGGGCGUGGCAUGCUUUGCUGCGCGGACGAGGCUGGUGCACGACGGGAAGAGCGCAGGACUUAGUCCUCCCAAGUGAGACUCAAAGCGGCGCGCGACUCCAUCCCUUCAGGCCUGGCGCGAGGCCUCGGCCUGCAUUCCUUUCAGGGGCCUGGGUUGACUCGGCUGAGGGAAGCUCCUCAGGCCGCGCAGAGCCCUCAGCGGCCGGCCUCUGGCCCUCCCGUGCCAGGCGCAGGCCUCGUUCGCCGCCAGGCACUGCCCUGAGAAGCUCCCCGGUCUCCUGCUGCCCAAGGCGCCCUCCCGGUUGGGGCCCCUCCUCCCCGCAGCCUUCCCUUGCCUCUGGCCCUUAGCCUCUCCCGUAGCCAAGCAGCACACCUUCCAAGCUAUUUCCUGGAAAAUGGAUGAUGAUGACUUUGGAGGAUUUGAGGCAGCAGAAACUUUUAAAGAUGGGAGUGGUGAACCACAGACUACUUCUCCUGCUAUUCCUUGGGCAGCAUUUCCUGCAGUAUCUGAAAUCCAUGUGCCUCAAACAUUUUCUUCUGAGGUUCUUCUGGAGCAACCUGUCACUUCCUCCUGCUUGGUUUCUUCUCACGUAGCUGUUUCUUCAGUUGAUGAUACUCAGAUAGAUAGUCAGCCUUCGACCAGUGUUUUAAAUGCAGAUGAUCCGGAAAAGCAGGCUCCAUUAUCAACCUCUCCCUCUUUGGAAGUAGUGGUUUCCUCUUUGAAUCUAACUGAAGAUUUAGAAGCAGUGACAGAUGAGAAUGGUGAUGAAGAAUUGGGAUUGAAGGAUUCAAAUAAGCAUUUUCAACAAACUUUUUCAAGUCUAGAAGUUAAACUUGCUGAUGACGAAAAAUGUAGAAUAAAACAGGAGUUAAAAGAUCUUUUGGGAAAAUACAAAAUUUUGGAAACAGAUUUUCUCAAAGAAAAGGAAGAUAAAUUAAUUUCACAUCAAGAAGAGUACAACAAGAUCCAGGAAAAGCAUAAACUUGAGUUGGAAGACUUGAGGCGGGCUGGUCAUGAAGCCUUAACUAUUAUUGUAGAAGAAUUCAAGGCCUUACUACAGGCUGUAGUUCAACUGCGUGGAGAAGCUAUUGAAAAACAGUAUGUAUCUGCAAUUGAAAAACAGGCACAGAAGUGUGAAGGACUGCUUCUUGCUCAGCAUCAAAAGCUUCUUGAUAUGUUGGACAAGGAGUGUGAAGUGCUGAGUAAAAAAUCAGAAGAAUCUUUAUUGCAGCAGUUUCAGAAAUACAAGGAAAUAUUGGAAAACUGCAUGGAGGCUGAAAGGAAAACCAAUGAGGAAGCCUUGGCAGCUGCUAUAAAGAUUGAAAAGGAGGAGAUGCAAGCUGCAGUUAUGACAGCAGUAAAAGCAGAGAGGGAGAUCAUGGAAAAACUUCAUGCUGAAGAAAGAGAAAUGUGGAAAGCAGAGCGGAACAAAGAUCAUGAAGAGAUCACUCAAGCUAUUGAAAAUGCGGUCCAAGAAGAAAGACAGUGCAAUGAGGCAACCAUAAAGGCAGUACUCACUGAACAACAACAGAAAUGUGAGAAGGCUAUAGAGGAAGCUGUGCAACAAUCCAGAAAAGAAUUAAUGGAAUAUAUCAAGGAACAGAAAAGGCUUGAUCAAGUUAUACGUCAGCGUAGCCUAUCCAGUUUGGAAUUGUUCCUUUCUUGUGCACAGAAACAGGUGAACUCCUUACUAAAUGAAGAAUAUACUGCAACAGUUACGGAACCAGAGAAAACAUCACUUUAAGGUGACAGAACUGUCCAAACGAAAUGCUGGAGAUAAUCUCUUUGAGAUGGUUGAAAUUGCAUUAAUGAUUCAGAUUGAGCUCAGUGAUCUCAUUUGUUGACUUUCAGUUUUGCAAUGUUGUCAACUCUUAAGAUGAAUGGCCUUAUGAAAUGUAGUCAAAUGAAGUAUUUGAAGAUAAUGAUUUUAUAAUGAUGCCCUGCUUCUACAUAAUUUCAAUAAUAAUUGCAGUAAUUGCUAAGUUAAAUGUAAAAUUCAUUAAAUAGAAGUUCUUUGAUGUCCUCGUUUUUAACACUAAACAUAUUUAUCAGAGUGCUGUAUGGCUGUAGGAAACUGUGCCAUACCAGUUUGGCUUCAAACAAAAGGUGAAAGAAAAUAAUUUCUAAUGGAAAUGCAAUCAAAAAUAUAGAUUCUGAUCUUAAAUGUUUGUUCUUCAGGAAUAGUAACUGGGAUCUAAGCUUUUUUAAAAGCUAUAAUCACAAAGCGAAACUAUAAUAAAUGAUAAACUUGUAUCAUUUUGGAAAAAGUCUUAAUUUUCAAAAGCAAUUUAUUGUUAGUUUUAAGACUCCAUUAAUUGAGAAAAGACAAAGCCACCAAAACCUGCUUAGGAGCAUGGAUCUAGUAAUGCAGGUCUUUGGAUCACAGACAUUUUAAUUCAUAAACAUUAACCACACAUUCAGAAAUGCUACCUGAAAGUGAAUCCUGUUAUAUUCAGAGGCUUAUUUUCUCAAUAGGUUUAGGAUUAAAACCUUACUUUAUGCAAGGAGACUCUGAAGAUUGAUUGGACACUGGUGACUAUGCAUUCAAAGUCUUGAGUAGAGUCUGAAGGUUCCUUUUUAAAGAAUCAAAAUAAAAAAUAAAGUGUCUUUUAAGAUUUUAAUAACUUUUUUCACAUGUAUAAAUGGUAUGGCUUCUUGAGAAAUCAUCAUGGAGUUAUUGUCAAUGCAAUUAUACGUUGAUCAGAUAUUCACGUAUCUGUCUUAAACUCUGUCCUGCAUUUAGCAAUAAAUAUUAUCUCCAACAAUAAAAUGUUACUAAUUUACACAUUGGAA